UGGCUGCGGCCGGGUCGUUUCCGGUGGAGCCGCCGCGGAGCCGCUAUCGCAGAGUGGGUCCGGGCUGGGAGGGAAGCGCCGAGAGAGCUCCGCCAGCCGCAGACUCGCAGCCGCAGUCCCGCGCUCGCCUCCUCGCGUCCCCAGAGAACGAGAACCAUGGCGACUGGUACCUCUGCAGCCACUGAGGAGGAGCGCAGCCUCCGGGAAUGUGAGCUCUACGUGCAGAAGCACAACAUUCAGGCCCUGCUGAAGGAUUCCAUUGUGCAGUUGUGCACUGCUCGACCCGAGAGACCCAUGGCAUUCCUCAGGGAGUACUUCGAGAGGUUGGAGAAGGAGGAGGCCAAACAGAUUCAGAAUCUGCAGAAAGCAAGCACUCGUGGAGAUUCGAGGGAGGAUGAAAUCUCUCCUCCUCCACCGAACCCAGUGGUUAAAGGCCGGAGGCGACGAGGUGCUAUCAGCGCUGAAGUCUACACGGAGGAAGACGCUGCAUCAUAUGUUAGAAAGGUUAUACCAAAAGAUUAUAAGACAAUGGCUGCGUUAGCCAAGGCCAUUGAAAAGAAUGUGCUGUUUUCACAUCUUGAUGAUAAUGAGAGAAGUGAUAUUUUUGAUGCCAUGUUUCCGCUUUCCUUUAUUGCUGGAGAGACUGUUAUUCAGCAAGGUGAUGAAGGGGAUAACUUCUAUGUGAUUGAUCAAGGAGAGAUGGAUGUCUAUGUCAACAAUGAAUGGGCAACCAGCGUUGGGGAGGGAGGAAGCUUUGGAGAACUUGCUUUGAUUUAUGGAACACCUCGAGCAGCCACUGUCAAAGCGAAGACAAAUGUGAAAUUGUGGGGUAUUGACCGAGACAGCUAUAGAAGAAUCCUUAUGGGAAGCACUCUGAGAAAGCGGAAGAUGUAUGAGGAGUUUCUUAGUAAAGUGUCUAUUUUAGAAUCCUUGGACAAGUGGGAACGUCUCACAGUAGCUGAUGCAUUGGAACCAGUCCAGUUUGAAGAUGGGCAGAAGAUUGUGGUGCAGGGAGAACCAGGGGAUGAGUUCUUCAUUAUCUUAGAGGGGUCAGCUGCUGUGCUGCAGCGUAGAUCAGAAAAUGAAGAGUUCGUUGAAGUGGGAAGAUUGGGGCCUUCUGAUUAUUUUGGUGAAAUAGCACUACUGAUGAAUCGUCCCCGAGCUGCCACGGUGGUGGCUCGUGGCCCUUUGAAGUGCGUUAAGCUGGACCGACCUAGAUUUGAACGUGUUCUUGGCCCGUGCUCAGAUAUCCUCAAACGAAACAUCCAGCAGUACAAUAGUUUUGUGUCACUGUCUGUCUGAAAUCUGCCUCCUGUGCCUCCCUUUUCACCUCCCCAAUCCAUGCCUCACUCUUGCACACUGCUUUCUUUUCCCUAUUUGCAGCACCACGUGGCCACUGGCAUUGCAGCUUCUUGUCUGUUUAUAUUAAAGUUGCUUUUAUUGCACUGUUUUUAAUUUGGAGCAUUAACUGGAUGCUCCUACACAGUUAAAUAAAUAGAGAGUUCUAUGGAGA